AAAAAUUAGCUAAUAAAAUAUAUUUACUCGAUAAAUAAAAUUCAAACCACGUCAACUAAUCGAAUGAGAAGCAGCUGCGUUGCAUUCCUGGAUCGUAUCCGUCAUCGUUCCCAUUUGCAACGGACAGGCGGAACAAGAAUCACUUUUCCAGCAAUUCCCGAUCUGGGGAAUUAAAACCUUGGGCGGAUCUCCUCUCGCAAUCGCCGUCGGAAGCCGUCACCUUUCUCCUCCCAACUUCUCUUUCAGACCAAAAAGGGAUCGCCUUCUCUGUUUUCUCAGAAUUUGUCACCUCCAAUUUCCUUUUUGCGUAAUUUCGCUCGAUCUCUCUUUCUCUUUCCCUUUCCUAUGGCGGCCAGUUCCAGCCGAGGAGGCCCCUUCCACGGCGGCGCUGCUCCAUUUCGUUCGAGGGAUGGACUUAGUACAAGGCAGGCCGCGAGCUCGGACGAAAUACAGCUGCGGAUUGAUCCGAUGAGCGCCGAUUUCGACGAUGAGAUAACCGGUCUCCGUUCUCAAGUCAGGCAGCUAAGAAAUGUGGCUCAAGAUAUCGGGACAGAAGCAAAAUUUCAAAAGGAUUUUCUAGAUCAGUUGGAUGCAUUAACAAGGUUGAGCAGCAAUAGAAGCAGGCCCUUUGUUUGAGGUGUAAGGAUGAGCAGCACAAAUAUUUGUGAAAAGUAGGCUGCUAUUGUAUCUCUGAGAUUUUAUUUGAAACAACUUCCUAGUUUUCUGCACAAAUUAUAUAUUCUUGCUUGUAAUAGAUGCAGCAAGCAACCCCACCUUAUGGCAUUACCGAUUGAUUGAACAGCAAAUGACGUUGAUCAAAGCUCAAGCAAGCGUGAAGAACAACAUAAGGAAGUUGAACAAGAGCAUCAUCAAGAAUGGUUCAAAUCAUAUAGUCCACGUUGUCUUGUUUGCACUCCUCUGCUUCUUCAUCCUCUACCUUUGGACAAAAGUUUCCAGAAGAUAGACAUAGACUUCUCUUCACCACACAGACGAAACCCCUCGUCAUCACAGUGUUCUACUUAGGAAGCUAAGCCCCAGAGCUGUACUACUUUUUUUUUCUUUCAUUUUGACAACAUACAACAUAUUCUGUAAAUAAAACAAGAGAUAAAUUCAGCAUGUGCAUGCAUUUGAGUUGGCCUUUAUUUUCA